AUGAAUUUCCGGUGGCCGGAAGGGUCUUUUCCGAGAUCACUAAAGAUUUCUAUAGCCUUAACUUCUAAUAGGAAUUUCCGUCUGCACAUCCAAAAACCAAUGUUUUUAUAUUUUCACACUUCUGCCUCAAACCAGCGUUUCACCGUCAUUAAAAUAUGCGCACAUUAUGUUUUGAUUUUUGCACAAAGCAUUUCUAUAAGGAGUACUAGAAGUGUGUAUCUCUUGGAGCAGUAUAAAGGGUAUGGAAGCGAAGAAUUCACAGAAUUCACAUCUACCGUCACUACGUUACAAUAUAACAAUUUUAGAAAGUUGAGUGGUCUGGAAGAGGCCCGGUGCACGGUGUACUUUCAACCACGUUGGAAUUUCGCCAAGAAAAGCACCUGUUAUGGAUUUGAAAGUCAGAAAUGCAAUUGCUCCUGUAAGGUUAGUAAAUGGUCAUGCUUCUGCGGUAUAACACUGAUAAAUUCGGUUACCUGUAGUGCUGUGUGCUAUAUCAUCUUUAAUAUGGAGCGAGAGCCAGUUCCAGGAACCUCCACUGAUAAACAAGAGAAAGAAACAGUAGCGGAACAAUGGAAACGUUACAUGGACACGAAGAAGGCAAAGUUGAUGCAUCAAAUUAAUUAUAUGAUAGAGAAAGAAGUCCUCUCAAACAUUUUCGAUGGGGUUUCCAUAUUUGUAAAUGGUUAUACUAACCCACCAGCUUCAGAGCUGAGGCAUCUUGUACAGCUGCAUGGUGGAGAGUACCAUGUUUAUUAUGAGUAUGGCAAAACGACCUAUACUGUAGCAACACAUGUUGCUAAGGGCAAAUCGGCAAAACUGCGCAAGAACGAAAAGAUUAUUCACCCGCAUAUCAAAGCAGGCGAGCGACUGCCUGAUGAAGGUUACUUACUACCGAAAGAAGGGGGUCUUCCUCGAGCUGUCGCUGCAGCCUUAGCUGACUCGCGAUCUGCGUCUGCAAGAAAUGCUGCUAAUGAUCCAAAUUAUAUCAAUAACUUUUACCAAAGGUCACGUUUGCAUCUUAUAUCAACUCUGGCUCAAGAAAUGCGGCGUUUUGUUUUAGAUCUCAGACAGUCUCCACCAGAAAAAUUUGCGUCUAGGGACCGGUUACAUGUCUUAGCAGCGUCUCAUUUUACUGUCCCACCACGAGAAUGCAUAUGUCAUAUUGAUUUGGACUGUUUUUUCGUGUCCGUUGCACUCCGGUCUCGCCCUGAUCUUAUUGGCAAACCAGUUGCUGUAGCUCACUCUAGAGGUACUGGUUAUGGUGCUGGUUUAUCAGAUGUGGCUUCAUGCAGCUACGAAGCUCGUGCUGUAGGAGUUCGUAAUGGAAUGCCUGUUCGAGAAGCUAAAAAACUUUGUCCUAACUUAAUAUGCACUCCCUACCAGUUUGAGGAAUAUCGCACGACAUCGAAACAAAUUUAUGAAAUUGUAUCUAGAUACACAGUUGAUAUACGCGCAGUAAGUUGCGAUGAAAUGUAUGUGACUCUUGAAAGCCUGUGUAAAGAAAUGCAUAUAACAGACAUCAUGGGAAUAGUUGCUUUUAUAAGAGAUGAGAUUUAUCAUGAAACGGGUUGUCAUGCAUCUGUUGGUAUUGGUUCGAACAUGCUUCUUGCCCGUUUAGCGACGCGUCAUGCCAAGCCUAAUGGUCAGUUUUUGGUGAGAGAUGAGCAGGUUGAAGUAUUUAUGAAGAAGGAAAAGAUUUCGUCUUUGCCUGGAAUUGGAUACAGCACACGAGGAAAAUUUGAAGCAAAUUUUGGAGCUAUGGAGACUUGUGAAGAGCUUCAGAAGGUACCGAUGGAGAAACUGCAGUCUUUGCUGGGGACGAAAGCGGGUUUGCAGAUUUAUAAUCUUUGUCGUGGUAUUGACAAGAACCAGAACUUGUUAGAAGUUUCUUCGAGGAAAUCAGUUUCAUGUGAUGUGAAUUAUGGAAUUAGAUUUACAAAAGAGAGUGAGCUUUUUGACUUUUUAAGAAAGCUCUCCUACCAGAUGGAACAGAAGAUUAAUACUGCGCGUGUCAGUGGGUCGUCAUUAACUCUGCGACUACUAGUACGAUCAGCCGACGCUCCAAUUGAACCAGAAAAAUAUAUGGGAUGCGGGCAGUGCGAUGUGUUAACGCGCUCUACUCAUCUUCUUUCUAAGCCCCUUUCAAGUGCUACAGUUAUAUUUGAGGAAGCCAAAAGGCUUGCAAAAGCAUUGAACCCUGUUAUACCGGACCUUAGAGGGAUCGGACUUCAGUUGACCCAUCUGAAGGAAGAAAUUAAUCCAGUUCUUCCUAAGCAAGUACCUCACACUUUAGCAGACUUUUUCAAGGUUCAGGGAGCUCCAAGAAAAAAAAUAAAUAAAGAGGUUGUUUUGGAGGAAGAUCUGUUUUUCAAGAAAGCUGUUAGAGAGUCUAUUCGUGAUGAAGCGGAAAGGAAGUUGAAGCGUGUUCAUGUUCGUCCUUUUUAUUAUGAUGUUUGUGAUGAUUUGGAAGUUAAAGCCAAAAUGUCGAACGUUCUUUCAGCCGUUGUACCGGGGUUCUUCAUUAGCAGAGGGAAUGGAACGAAACUACUUUUUUUCCGGAUCAGAAACCAUAGUAUUUCUAAAUACGUCCGAGUAACUUUUUUAGAGCCUCUCAAGCAGGAAGUGGACAAUUUAGUGAUCUAUUUUUAUCAGCUAGUGCAAUGCGAAGACCUUCCAACAGUUGUAUCUCAGUUACGCUUUCUUGAACGUAAAUCAUUAGAAAGCUCUGGACAGUGGGGGCUGGUGGUAGCGACGUUGAAGUCGUUUGUGCAAGAGUUAUGUGAGUCCCAGUUUGGCUCACGAAUUUAUAUAUGA